UGAACGUCGUACCCAUCGGUGUCGUCGCCGCCGUUCACCGAUAGCAUUGUUAUACGCCGUAUUAUGAAGGCAACGCUUAUUAUUGCAGCGCUGAUAACCUAUGCAUUAGCGUUGGAUGAGGAAUUAUUGCAUUACGUUAGCGACGAUGUACCUGGUGGCUCAUAUAAGUAUUACAGUUUGACGUAUGACGGUCACAUUAAGAUACGGUUGAUAUCACUAACAGGAGAUGCUGAUUUGUAUGCAUCACAAACUAUAAGCAAGCCGACAUAUGAGCCAGACCACUAUUGUCUGCAAUCUACAACUUGUGGAGAAGAUAUUAUUUUUAUACCUAAGAGCUUCAAACGGCCUGUGAGCAUUGGUGUUUAUGGCCAUCCAUCCCAUGAAAUUAGUAAAUAUACUCUAUUGGUAUCCGAAAUACUGAUCGAAGGUGAUAUUGUACCUUACGAUCAAGCAUCAGGAGGCACUUACAAAGAUCGGGAUACUAGAAAAGCACAUAUCUUGUUUCUUGCUCACCUGCGACAUCUCUUGGAUUUUUUGUUUGGAUUAUUGUUUUGAAUGUUAGAACAAUUAAGAAAUUUAAAAAACUAGUUGAAAACU